AUGGCUGAAAGAAUUGUUCCCGAGAUCUCACUCAAAGACUUUGGAAACCGCAGAGAAGAAAUCACCAAGCAGCUCCUUGAGGCGGCUGAAUAUGCGGGCUUCUUCACCUUGGUUGAUCAUGGAAUUUCUGAGGAGGAGAUUGAAUCACAGUUCGCCAUCUCUAAGAGCUACUUUGGCCUUCCAGCCGACGUGAAGGGAAAGAUCCCGCACGACACCAAGACUAACAACGGAUGGGAGUAUAAGGCUCAACUGCGGGCGAGCACCGGGACUUGCGACCAAAAGGAGUCGCUAUGGUUGCGACGUAAUUCGCAAUGGCCGAGUGAUGAGGAUGUUCCUGGUUUCCGCGAAACAACAGAGUCAUUCAUGGCGAAGUGUGCGGAAAUUUCUGCCCAAGUCCUGUCGUGUUUCGCCGUUGCACUAGGACUUCCAGAAGAUCACCUCAGAGUCGCCAACGAUCCAACCCAGCCUGACUGCUUGACUCAACUUCGGCUGAUUCACUACCCUGCAUCAGAAAAUGCAGUUGGCAGCUGGAGAGCCGGAAGCCACACUGACAUUGGAUGUCUCACGCUGCUGUUCCAGCGGGAUGGGGAGGACGGUCUGGAAAUCUGCCCUGGCAGGGAGACUCACUCCAGCUUUGCCAUGGGUGACACUUUUACACCACUACCAGCCAAGACUGGUCCGAUUGUCGUCAACAUCGGCGACAUGCUCAUGGCUUGGUCCGACGAUCGACUGAAGUCGAACUUCCACAGAGUGCGUGCCAAAGACGUCGGCACAUCUCCGGCACGAUACUCGAUUGCGUAUUUCAAUCAAGGCAGGAGGGACUUUGUGCUGCAAGGUCCUAAGAAGAAGUAG